GCGAGAUUUCUCUUCGAGGUCGCAGCUUAGGGAAUGCCGGGAAGGACGCCCACGGUGAUGCGUGUAGAAGAGCAACUGGUAAGCACAGGAUACAUUGUGACAGUAGUUCUCCGAGCGUACUUAGACGAGGACUUGACGGUGAGUGAGUGCAGACAACGAGCUAGGGAUUUGAUCCACGAGCGCAGAGCUGAUGUACUGGCGCGAGUGACCUUCCAGACCUCGAUUUCCUAUGAUGUGAUGAUAUGGUCUCAUGGUUAUAUGCGCGCGGAGCACUACCACGAUGAGACGGUAGCGGAGGCUAGAGCGAGGGUGCGAGGGUCCGGGCUGCCGCGAUUGUCACAGGUCCGGGCUGCAGCGACUGUCAUAGGGUCGGGUUGUAACAGUUGGCAAGGAAACCUAACUGCGUCUUCAGGCGGUCCAAUAGAAUCCGACACGAUGGGGCCACAACCGAUUGUGGGCGAAGCGGGAGAAGAGUACAGGACAUCGCCCGAUCGAGCGCUGAGGGAUCUGAAGGAACGUAUUAGGCAAGAAGCGCCGCUGGGAUGGGCUGACCAAACCAAUGACGGAGGGCCCGACAUGAGAGGCGAGCUAGUUGCGACAGAGCCGCAGGAGGCUCUAAGAACGGGUACCUCGAGCGGACGACGAGAGACGACGAGACGACGCUCCCCCGAUUACGAGCGGAGGAACACCAUAGCGGAUAGGCACAGAAACGAUUGGAGAGAGAAUUUGAGGGAUUCCUGUUGGAGGGACAGAGAUAGAGACAGGGCACCGCCCAGGCGGGUCUUUGACCCCCAGACAGGGGAGUCAUAUCUGCUCCCUUACGAGAGCAAGGAUCGCUAUAUUAUUACGCACAAGGCCUCAGAGCCUCCUACCUUCAGGGGUUAUGGUAUCACAGAAUAUCUGGAGAAGUGGGAGCUUCACGCCAGCCGGAGUCAGUGGUCGGAGGAAGAGAUUAUAGAGAACUUCCUAUUUAAUGUGGACCCAAGUCUUGGAAGGGAAGUUAAGGAAGCUCGACCGAAGGAUGGGAAAUGGACUACGUACAAGAAGAACCUUGUUGAGCUUUACAAAUUGGAGGAUAACAAGUAUUCCAUCAAGGACCUUGAAACAAUGACUCAAGAUGAAGAAGAGAGCGUACGGGCAUUUGGGAUGCGUUUCCAAAAGAUCUCUGACGUGCUGAUGAAGAAGGGGAAGAUCUCAGAGGUCGAGCGUUGUACUAUCUUUAUCGGACACUUGUCCAAAGGUAAGCAAAAGAGUAUACUUAGAGAUCUUCCGCGCGACAGGCUGGAUUUCCCAAAAGUUCUAAAGCUCGCGAUAAAGGCAGAGGCAGACGAUUACAAGGACUUGGUGUGGAGAGGGAUGAGGAGACGUGACUUCUCUCUCUACAAGGAGUAUGCCACUGAUGGAUGCCCUGAUUUCAAGGAUUAUCCCUGGUCGGAGAAGAAUGAGGCCGUGGGUGAGGAAGUGAAGGAGAUACCCAACAUGGUGAAGGGAUUAACGAGACAGGUUACAGAGAUUGUGACCGCCACAGGGGUCACGGCCUACCGGGACAAACCUGGAGGACCCUAUUCACUUCGCUGGGACCGUAGGAACAACGAUUCCCGGAGGAGUGUCGAGGAUAGAAAUCCUCGGACGCUGAUUGAUUAUCGAACGAGGGGAAGAGAGAGAGAUGAUGAGCCAUGGCGAUGUAGGGACGAUGAGAUAGACCGAGACCUCAAAGAUCGCGAGCCGUUUAUGCGAGCAAGGAGGCUGGAUGAUUACCCGCGAAGUUCUCGCUAUGAGGCUGAUCGGGGUAGAGGCGACUUCCGCGGCCGAUGGGAGACAGAACAGAGCCGACGAGAUGGAUAUAGGAACGACAGAUAUGAGAGAUCGGACCGAGAUGGAUAUAGGGACGACAGAUAUGAGAGGCCGGGGCGGUAUGAGCAAGGAGGGUUUGGAGGAGACGGGCGCAACGAUCCGCGCGGUCGGAAUGAGAGAGGGGGAUAUGGCGUCUCAUCAGAACCAUAUCCCAAGUCGCCUGACCCCAAGACGGGCAGGAAUUCGAUGUCUAGAGGCGCAGACGACAGGGCGUCUACUCCCAGGAACUCAUGCGUCUACUAUAGAGGAGAAAAUCAUAUCAAGAGGGAUUGUCCGGACCUUAAACGGGCAAUAGAAGAGGGACUUAUCGUGCUUGACGACCGCAAGUACGUCAAGUGGGCAGAUGAUCUCAGAGAUGUAUCGAUGUUCCCUUCGAUGAAGGAGAAUGUCGAAGCAAGGAGAAUAAAGACGAGUAAAGGAAUGGAGCCGGUCAGGAGCCAGAGCAUCAAGAUAACCUUUGAGGGGGACAUGGCGACCACACCCAUAAGGGUGGCAGCCACCAAGUCGGCGAGAGGGUCUACAUCGAAGAAAACUGACACGGAUUACGUGAUGGCGGAGAAGGACGGGCAGCGGGUCGAUGGAGAGGAGGUUAUCCUUUCGCCGCGAAAGCGGGGAGUCAAGAAGUUCUUAAUGAAGAGCUCGCUGGACGAGAUUGACACGGUCGAGGCAUUGAGGCGGGCCCUUCGGCAACCCAUGCAGUGCUCUAUCCUGGAGUACCUGGCGGCAUCGAAGCCGGCUCGUGAUGAGUUACAAAUGAUCACGCGGAAGACUCGCAUACCUCUAUCGGAGGAGGGUCAGACCCCUAAGGCGGAAGCUUCUACAGUAGCAGUAACGGGGGUGACUGCUAGAGCGGAUCACAUUGCGACAGUCCUUCUUGAUGGAAUGGAAGGUGUGCCUCCAGACAAGUUUUAUAUACUUGGUAGUGGGGCUGUGGAGACGAUUAUAAACGGUGGAGCGGUACUCGAUGCUGUGAUUGAUAACGACAGUGAGGCUGUCAUCAUAGACGAGGAUCUGGCGGUACAAGUUGGACUGGGCCUCGAUAGGUCAUACCUAUUCGAGAUAGAGACCGCUGAUGGGAGAAAGCAACGGAUCACUGGGGUUUGUCACAAGGUAGCCAUAGAAGUCCAAGGGGUACGAGUGACCCUGCCUGUCUUUAAAGUCAAGAACUGUAGCUCCGACCUGCUCUUAGGUUGAACGUGGCUGAGCCACGUGCAUGCGGUGACGAUAGAGAGACCUGAUGGGAGCCAAACAUUGUCCAUUAAGAAGCCAGACGGGA